CGAGCUCCAGUCACUUUGCCGUAUGGGGGUUUAUUUUGCUUUGGGCCACUCCAGCCGCCGCCAUUAGGCGAGCGGGGAUAGAUUACAGGGCGGCGGGAUCGCCUUCGCUCGUCCUUUUGACCCCCCCUCCCGUUUGGGUGGUAGCGUCCUUCGACUGAUUACGUCCUUCGAGCCACUCCAGGAAGAAACCAUGUCCUGAGCCGGGGGAGGGGGGGUGGGGAGAAAGCAAGGAGGCCGCAGCUAGCCGCAGCUUGCGGUACGGCGCAGUGCAUGGGUGGGUGGGAUGUGGAUGAGGGGGAUAGGCGCCAGCUGCUGAGGAGACGGUUCGCGGGAUCCAGGAACAGCCUUGCAAGAAUUCUUCAAGCUCAGAAACAUUCUUGGGUCUUGCAUGUAUUGAAUGUUUGAAAUCUCUCCUCAAAUUUUCAAUAAUAUUUAAGUCUGGGGACUGCAAAGGCCAUUCCAAAACCUUUAUUUCUCUUUCCUAUUACAACCCUGGGAUUUUUUGGUAAUCACUCAGCUAAAGUGAAACCAGGUAAAAAGAUUCUGCUUAACAAACACCAUUUUAGCAUGGGCUGGUUUGGCUUGCAAGCAUUGACGGAACAGUGGAUUCUGGAUUGUACCAGCAAAUUCUACAGAAGAAUUUCAAAGUAUCCAUCAGUCGACUAAAGUGUAAAUGAAAGAAAAACCGUUUCAUAGUGCUGAUGGUCAUUCUUGGUAGUUCCUGCUGAAGUGGAUAAAAUCUGAGACAGCAUGGAGACGAAAUAGACUUCAUUAUAGAAAAAUUUCUUGCUGAAACAAUUUACUUCAAAGAGUGCAGGAUGACUGAUCGUGGAAUAAAAUGGGCUUGUGAGUAUUGUACAUAUGAAAACUGGCCAUCUGCGAUCAAGUGUACCAUGUGUCGUGCUCAGAGACCUAGCGGAACUAUUAUCACAGAAGAUCCAUUUAAAAGUACUUCAAGUGAUGUUGGUAGAGACUGGGAUCCUGCAGGUAUUGAAGGAGGCAGCAGUCCUUUGAUAUGUCCAGAUUCUAGUGCAAGACCAAGAGUUAAGUCAUCUUACAAUGUCGAAAGUGCAAAUAAAUGGUCAUGUCAAAUGUGUACUUACUUGAACUGGCCUCGUGCAAUAAGGUGUACUCAGUGCUUGUCUCAGCGUAGGACCAGAAGCCCCACAGAAUCCCCCCAGUCUUCAGGAUCUGGUACAAGACCAGCUUCUUUUUCUGUGGAUCCUUGUGAGGAAUACAAUGAUAGAAAUAAAUUGAACAUAAGGACACAACACUGGACUUGUUCUGUUUGUACAUAUGAGAAUUGGGCUAAGGCCAGAAAAUGUGUUGUCUGUGAUCACCCACGGCCCAACAACAUUGAAGCAAUAGAACUAGCAGAAACAGAACAGGCUUCUUCCAUAAUAAAUGAGCAAGAAAGAACUCGUUGGAGAGGAAGCUGCAGUAGUGGAAAUAGCCAAAGAAGGUCACCUCCCACCGCUAAACGAGAAUCUGAAGUGAAAAUGGACUUUCAGAGAAUUGAAGUGGCUGGAGCUGUUGGCAGCAAAGAAGAACUUGAAGUUGAUUUUAAAAAACUAAAACAAAUAAAAAACAGAAUGAAGAAGACUGACUGGUUGUUUCUCAAUGCUUGUGUUGGGGUUGUAGAAGGUGAUCUAGCUGCUAUUGAAGCUUAUAAAUCAUCAGGAGGAGAUAUUGCACGGCAACUUACUGCAGAUGAAGUACGCUUGUUAAAUCGGCCUUCUGCUUUUGAUGUGGGAUACACACUAGUUCACCUUGCAAUACGUUUUCAGAGACAAGAUAUGUUAGCAGUUCUGCUUACAGAGGUGUCCCAGCAUGCAGCUAAGUGCAUUCCUGCUAUGGUGUGCCCGGAGCUCACUGAACAAAUCCGGCGUGAAAUUGCUGCAUCGCUUCAUCAACGGAAGGGAGAUUUUGCUUGCUAUUUCCUAACUGACCUUGUUACAUUUACGUUACCUGCUGAUAUUGAAGAUUUGCCGCCAACAGUUCAAGAGAAGCUUUUCGAUGAAGUACUUGAUAGGGAUGUUCAAAAAGAAUUAGAAGAAGAAUCUCCCAUUAUAAACUGGUCACUGGAACUGGGUACACGUUUGGACAGUAGACUUUAUGCACUUUGGAAUCGGACUGCAGGAGAUUGCCUGCUUGAUUCAGUUCUACAAGCUACCUGGGGCAUUUAUGAUAAGGAUUCGGUGCUACGUAAAGCUCUUCAUGACAGUUUACACGAUUGUUCUCAUUGGUUCUAUACCCGAUGGAAAGAAUGGGAAUCAUGGUAUUCUCAAAGCUUUGGUUUACAUUUCUCACUGCGAGAAGAACAAUGGCAGGAAGACUGGGCAUUUAUACUUUCUCUUGCUAGUCAGCCUGGCGCAAGUUUGGAACAGACACACAUUUUUGUACUUGCACAUAUUCUUAGAAGACCAAUUAUAGUUUAUGGAGUUAAAUAUUAUAAGAGUUUCCGGGGAGAAACUUUAGGAUAUACUCGUUUUCAAGGUGUAUAUUUGCCUUUGUUAUGGGAACAGAGCUUUUGUUGGAAGAGCCCGAUUGCUCUGGGCUACACAAGGGGCCAUUUCUCUGCUUUGGUUGCCAUGGAGAACGAUGGCUAUGGCAAUCGAGGUGCUGGUGCUAACUUGAACACUGAUGAUGAUGUUACUAUUACUUUUUUACCGUUGGUUGACAGUGAAAGGAAGCUGCUGCACAUUCACUUCCUGUCUGCUCAAGAGAUUGGUAAUGAGGAACAGCAAGAGAAGCUGCUUAGGGAAUGGCUGGACUGUUGCGUGACAGAAGGUGGAGUCCUGGUUGCUAUGCAGAAAAGCUCUCGCCGGCGUAACCAUCCCCUGGUAACGCAGAUGGUAGAGAAAUGGCUGGACCGCUAUAGACAAAUCCGCCCCUGUACAUCCCUUUCAGAUGGAGAGGAAGAUGAAGACGAUGAUGAUGAAUGAAUGAAAAAAAAAAGAUACCAGCUGCAUAUAGUGUAUGGUGACAACCCCAGCUCUUGGAGCAGUCUAGCAAAUUGUUGCAUGGUGCCCCAAUUGUAGCAGGGAACAUCCUGCGUAGGAUUUUGAGUGGGCAUGGGAAGAAUUCAGAGACUCAUCUGAUGCAAGAAGGAAGUAUGUUGGUUGGACUCAUUUGUAAACAAGAAAAAGAAAGCAAAGCCCUAAUUUUAUUACCAAGACAGAAAGCAUUUUUCCGGUUGUACAUCUGCCCUUAAUUAUACCACAUAUGGUUGUGUAAGAAGGUUGAGUAAUAGGAAAAAAGUGUAACCAGCAUCUUACAAUUAUUGAAGGAAAUUCUUUUGAAUAAGGGCACUUAAAAGCACAUUGUUGAUUAAUAUCUGUUCCUUUUGAGACUUACAGUAAAAUUUGAUUAUUUUGCAUCUCUUUUUAAGCAUUCUGACAUAUUUCCUUGAAAUAACAUUUUAUAUGAAAUCUUGCUAAUGCCCAGAUCAGAUCAUCAGAUCAUGUGGCUAUUUUUUCCUUUCUUUUUUUUGUUGAUGCCAUAUAACCAGAGUAACUCAUACGUGUUAAAAAUGUAUUGUUCUGUUAAAUUUAAUAUUGUGCCCAUUACAGUAUAAUAAAAUGAAAUUUUAAAGGGAAAACAUAUGGAAGGGAUGAUAAAUCUUGACUUAAGUGAACUGUUUUCUGUAAAGACUUCUCUAGUAUCCAUUACUACUUUGUAUCACAACUUUGGAAUAGUUUCCCCCCCCUUUCAGGCUACUUAAAAUAGUUUUUAAAAAAAUGCUGUUCCAGGGAACUUUAUGCUAAACAAUUGUGUGGAGUUUGUAAAACUGAACUGCAUUUUGUCCAAUCCCGGUCUUGCUGUGAGUUGUACUAUAGAAAUUAAUAUUUUAUCAAGCCUUUCCCCAUGCAAGUUAAAAUUGCUUCCACUGAGGAGCAUUCCUUGGUCAUUAAAAUUGAGUGAGAAAGCA